CAUUUUCAAGUCAUUUUGUUGUCUCUUGAAACUUUUUUUGCUCUUUCAUCACUGACCGAGCGUCCUAUCAAUACCCCUCGCGCGCGAGAGAUUCAGAGACCAUCAUGGCUUCCAGUCUUGAUCGAGAAACCGCGCUGGAGCUGGUAAAGAAGGGGGGAACUCUUCUCCUACUCGAUGUUCCCCAGUUCACGCUUUUGGGAAUUGACACCCAGGUGUAUUCCGUUGGUCCAAACUUCAAGGGCAUAAAGAUGCUCCCUCCAGGGCCACAUUUUAUCUACUAUUGUUCCUCUAGCAAGGAAGGACAUGAGUUCUCGCCAACUAUAGGCUUCUUUCUUACCAUACACUCUUUUGAGAUAAUUGUUCGUAAAUGGUGUCAGAGAGAGGAACAACUGAUCAAAGUUUCAGAAGAAGAGGUUAUUAUCUAA